ACCGGAACCACACGCGGUACCACCGAUGCACUACGGCACCCCUUACCAUCAUCAUCCGCACUACCAUCAUCCCGGGCUGGGAUACUACCAUCAUCCCGGACUUUCGGCGGAGCUCAAGGAUGAUCGACAUGGACCACCGCUGGCCGGUGCUGUCCCUACGCCGUACACCGUGGCGGCUAAAAUGGCACACCACGAAGCGUCUCCCAUCGUCUUGCCACACGACGUCAGCGCCACCCGGGGUGCAGCGAAAGCAGGCGUCAAUCAGAUGCAACCACCACGACCACUAACACCACCGGACGUGCUGCUAGACGAUGCCAAACGGAAGAACCAAACCGAUGACAAACAGCACACCACGAUCAAAGCGAUCGUGAAGCAGGAGAUCGAAGAGUUUAAACCGGACUGUUUGCUGGCAGUGGCCGACGGUGGGACGGUGUGUAAGAAGGAGAACUUUGAAGAGACCGGUCCAGCCAUGACGCCCGAACUGCCACUGCAUGAGUCGAUCGUGAUCAAGAAGGAUCACGAUGAACAGAAACCGACACUCGGUCUGCCGGACGAAACUAAGCCAGCGCCGGCGUUGGUGGACGAUGAUGGGUCGCUUCUAAAGCCGCUACUUCAACCUCCGCACCAUCCGCAGCCUAAUGGGCAUCUUUCCUCGCAUCACCAUCAUCAUCAUCACCACAGUGCCAGUACAAAUCUACUACAUCAUCACCUAAAUGAGAAAGCGCCCGAUCAUGCACCGGCACCGGGAGUGGAAGCGGACAGUAAAUGUGCCCUCACGGAGCUAGUACUCACGACGGAAGCCUCGCUAGCGUCGAAAGUGUCGUCGGUGGCAAUCACCACGGCAAGUGUAACGGUGACAACCACGACCAGCAGCAGCACGUCCUCUACCAGCACCGUACCGGCCCUGGUAACGAUGACCACGAGCAGCAGCAGCAGCAGCAGCAGCAGUGCUGGCAGUUGCACCGUCAGCAACCAUGCUAAGGAUAUCAGUAGUGAUAGUAGUAUUAGUAUUAGCGAUAGUAUAUUCCCUAGCGUCGAUGGCGAUGGUGAUGUCGCUGGUCUCGUGGAGCACGAUCCGGCCUCCCCGAUAUCGAUUAUUCCGGCUUCGACCGUCAAGCGGAGACCGCUGCUGGUGGCAUGCAAGAAAUCAACCACCAAACAGUCACCCCCGAAUAGCUAUAAGAAUCUGAUCAAACGUACAAAGAAUGGUGACGGUGAGAAUGUUGAUGAUGCUGUGGCCCCAGUUGACGAUACGCUCGAUGGCGCCCAAAACGAGGCUGAGUGUGCUGCGCGGGGUGCUGCCACCGUUGAGCUGAGUGACGAGGAAGAAGAGGACGAAGAUGAGGAAGAGGAGGAGGAUGAUGAGGAAGAAGACGAAGAGGGUGACGAUGAUGAGGACGAGGAGGAGGAGGAGGAGGACGAAGCUGAAGGCGAAGAGGACACUGUUGAGGGCACACGGGGCGAAAUGGAAGAUGUGGAAGAUGUGGAAAUGCUCGAACAGGCCCGCCAAGAAGCGGCCCAGCGGCAACGAGUCCAAAAGCGAAGUCGGAUCGCUUCAAAGAUCGCAAUCUGCAAGCGUAGCUCCAAGAUGCCCGUCCUGAUCGGUCAUGGAGAGCGACGGAAGAGUAGUAGCGUCAAUGGGGGCAGUAACAACGGUGCAGUUACUACUGGCCCCCGGAAGCUACUGCUACUAACGCACCAGAACCGCCGAAAGAUGAAGAAACCGGGAACGCCCGUUUCGAGAAGACUCCUAAAGCGAGUGCAUCGCGUAUUCCGUACCAGCAUCGAGUCACUCCGGAAGCUUCCACCACGGUUAGGAGGAGGUCUACUGCCUGCCCGCCAUCAGCGCUUCGUGCGCAAGCUGCGACUAUCGAAAUCACCGGUCAGCAGCACGAUGACUCACGAUGGCACCACUUGUGAGGUGGUAGGCGAUCUAAUCGAUAAGCAAGAUGCGUCAGUGGUAGCACUGCACAGCGGUGAGUCACAGGAGGUUGCCGUUCCAUCUGUUAUCACUACCGGUGAGCGAUCGUUGUGUAAGCAACACGAAGAGGGUGAAUCAACGGAACAGCUCUCGAUACAGACUACACUUGCAGACCAAACGGCUGACGGUGCGAUCACUGAGACUACAGCGACAUCCAUCCCGAAACCGUCAUCAACGGUGGCGCCCGUAGAAUCUGAACCGGAGCAAAAGGCCAUAUCGAACGUUGAUCGUACGAUUGAUCUCGUAGCACGGGGAUACUUUUCCGAGCCGGAGAUUCUGCCGCUAGACCUCAAGAUGCACUCGCGCGGAUGGUUGAAAAAGGUGAAACAACAGCAGCAACAGGAGGGUCGCUCACAUUCCGAACAAAGCCGUGGAGCUAAGCGUGAUCGAAGCAGCAGUAGUGGCGGUGCUAGUACAGACGCCAGCGCAGGCUGCACUAAGAAGACGAAGAAAGCGACACCAGCGGCACCGUUGGCGACAGUGGAUGAUCGGAAGAAUGGUACGGUGGAGACUGAGAAG